AUGCAGGCAGGCGUGUCUCGCCUUAUAACAACGAGGGCUUCCCUGCCGGGGCCCUCAACGCUCCCCUUGGGUUUGCUGCUGGGAUCGUUCGAUCCCAGCGGGCAGGGAGGGGGGUCCCCAGCCAAAGACAAAAACGCAGGGGGCCCCCUGCAUGCACUGCUGUGGGCCCCCCUGGCCGCCCUCUCCUCAGAUCCGAAGCAUCAAGAUGGAGAAGAUGUUUUCACCUUCCUGCAGCAGCUGCAGCAGCAGCAGCAGCAGCAGCAUGUAGUAGACAGACUCAUCAGACAGGCUUCCCUCUGCUGCUCGCACCACCUGGUCGGCGGCCUCGCGGUGGUAGGGGUUUGGGCUCGGGUAGGUGCUGCUGCAGGGCAGCAGCAGCAACAACAACAACAGCAGCUGCAACAGCAACAGCAGCAGCUGCAGGAGAAGCUGCAGCUGCGCCGGCUUGCAGCAGCGGUGGCGGAGGGGUCCUUACAGGGCCUAAACGCCGUCGAUGAGGCUGCUGCUGCUGCGUUGCUGCAGCAGGAAGCGAAUGCGGGCAGGAGCAGCAGCAAGAAGGAGGCUUUGAAGCAGCCAUUCCUGCUUGUGCUGCUGCAGCCGCAGCAGCAGCAGCAGCAGCAAGACAUAUCUGUAUAUUUCUCCUGCAUCUCCGGCAGCUCGGGAGCAGCACCUCUAAUUGCAGCAGAGCUCUGGCCCCCCCUGCCUUCCAGCACUCCACCGCAGCAGCAACAGGGCAAGCAGCAGCAGCAACAGCAGCAGCAGCGGCAGCGGCAGCAGCUACAGCUCUGCUGCAGUCCUAUGAGUCUUAACAUGACGCUGUUGCUGCCACCGUGUCUGUUCAAGCAGCAGUCUGCAGCAGCAAUCUUCAACACGCCUCAGCUGCGGGGGGCCCUCCGGGGGGCCCUGCGUGCAUUGGGGGGUCUCGAGGGUGCAGCAGCAAACUCGGAGGAAGGUUUUUUUUCUUAUUACUGUUCUGAGCGGCGUGCAGCAGACCCUGCAGAUUCUUCCUUGAGGGUUAGAGGCGUUAUCUGCGACCCAGACAUGACUGUUGCUGCUGCAGCAGAAGCAGCAGCAUCUGCUGCUGCUGCUGCUUCUGGCAAUGGUGCUGCUGCAGCAGGUGUCGAAGGGGAUGGCUGCAUGCAUGCAUUACAAGUUGAAUUACUUUCUUCAGGAAUACCCUCUGUGUGUCUGCAUUUAAAGGAAGACGGCUCAGUUGCUGCUCUGUCUCGCGAAGAGCUGCAGCAGCAGGAGGUGUUGGGGGCGACUUGUGCUUCAAUCCGCUGCAACUUUAUUCUUUUAGGGGUCUCUUUGACUGCGAAGUCGCAGCCUUUAAGAGCAGCAAUGGAAGCCCUUAUUGCAGAUUGGGUACGCGCAGCAGUGGGGUGUAUAGGCAACUCGCUGGAGGAGGUCUGGGAGGCGAGCAGCACCGAGACAGCAGGAAGCUCUGCUAUCUCUGUGUCUCUUUUGCAGCAGCGGCGGCUGCUGACGCUGCAGCAGGAGCUGCAGGAGCAGCAGCAGCAGGCUCAUGGGGCUGCUAUGGUGCUUGCGGAGUUUGCUGCUGCUGCUGCUCCCGCCUCUGCUGCAGCAGGAGACGAAGAAGAAAGCAGCGAAAGGGUGCGCGUGGAGUUCCUCUUCGGGCAAGAUAAUCGGUGGCAGUUGCUGCGGGGUUUGUCUGUCUUCAAAUCAACUGAGGGUAGCUCAGCAGCAGCAAAACGCCUUGCGAGGCAGCCAGGCCUCAAGGACUGCACGCCGCAGCAGCAGCAGCUGCAGCAGCAGCAGCAGAAGGAAGAAGAAUACUGGAAGGCCCUCAUUGGCUUCGUAAGAAUGCAAAAAUUAAAGUUGGAGAGUGCAAACAGCCCCUGGUGGGUGUAUCUGCUGCCGCUUCUCGCGCUGCUGCUCAGCUACUUCCUCAGGUUUUUGCUUUAA